AUGCAUGAUGAGAUGUGGGACGUGAUAACUGAUGGACCCAUCCAGAUACUACAAGUCAACCCCAAUCGUGUUGCUACCGAUCCGACAUCACCAGAAAUGAUUCCAAAGGAGAAAUCCUUGCUGACUACCGAAGAGAGAACCCGAGUAAAUCUCGACAAUAUAGCCAAGGAUAUACUCUACAAGGCAUUGGACGAAUCAUUGUUCCCGAGAGUAAGAAAGUGCAAGAAUGCUAAAGACAUCUGGGAUGUACUUAUGCUCAUAGGUGAUGGAGACGAACAAGAGAAGGAGAACAAGCUGACGAUUGCCAUGAAGAAGUUUGAAGACUUCAAACUCAAUCCAAAGGAGUCCAUAACUGAAAUGGAAGCUCGGUUCAUAAAGUUAUUGAUGGAAAUCAAUGAUCUUGAUGAGAAAAAGCUAACACAAAAGGAGAUAAACUUGAAGAUUCUCCGAGGACUACCAAAAAGCUGGCUUGCUUUGUUCAUGAGAAGGUUCAAAAGAUUCAUGCGAAAGAAUCAAUCCUAUGAUAACUCUGACAAGACGAGAAGAAUGAAGUACCGGAGCAAUGACAAGGCUAGCGGAUCCAGAACACAUGAGAAGGAUGAAAUACAAGUGCUGUGUUAUAACUGCCGAAAACCUGGACACUUCAAAGCGGAAUGUCCAUACCCCAUCGUCAAGAAGCAUCCGGACGAACACAACUACAAGAAGAAUUCGGGAAACUAUCACAACCCGAAGAGUGCAUCAAAUGAUGCCGACGAAGAGCCAAACAAAAACCAGAGGAAUGAUAGGCGAAGGAAGGCUCUAGCUGUAGAAGAGAAGUCAGGAGAAAAGAACGACGAGUCAUGCACUUCCAGCUCUAGUUCAGAAAGUGACAGUUCGGAGGAUGAAAAAGGACUACUAUGUCUUUUCAGUCAAGAGGACUCAGAUGAAGAGCUGUGCCUUAUGGCAGAUGAAGAAGAGGCCCUAAUAUAUAAGAGUUUUGAUGGUAUUGAGGAUUCACACCUCAAACUCAAAGAAGAGAAUGCCAAGCUAUUGGCAGAAAAACAAGAUCUCGAGGACUUAAGGUCCAAAAAUGCUGAGAUGCUUGAAUCUAUAAGCCAGCUAGAGAAGCAAGUUCAUCUUCUUGAGGAAGAGUGUAAAGCGAAGGAUGAUAGAGAGCAAAAUUUGCGUGCGGGAAGACCGAACUCUUACCCGAGUAAUGUCAAGAAUUUCAAAAAGUUCCCUAGCAAGCAUAGAGAUGGAGAAGGUACUCUAUAUCCUAGUGAUGAGGACUGGAUUAUGGACUAUGAACCAAUGACAAGAGCAAAGUUUCUGCUCCAUCAUAGACAUAAACAGACCUCAUACACUAGAGUCAACACGAAUAAACCAACACCUCCUCUUCAAAACGUUUAUUCACCGAAGUCACCUCAAGCCUACUAUGCUAUCCCUUAUGAUUAUCGCGUGUUUAACGGGUAUCGUGGACCGAGGAUGAACCUUACGAGUUCUAGGUAUGCAUGGAUGCCCAAGCUCACCGCUAAUCGCCAAGGACCCAAGAAGGAAAACAGGACCAUCUGGUAUGUAGAUAGCAGUUGCUCGAGACACAUGACUGGAGAUAAAUCAGAAUUGAGCAAUUAUAAAGCAAAGAAUGGUCCUAAAGUAGUUUUCGGUGGGAACUCAAGUGGACGAACCAUGGGCACCGGAGAUGUUAUGAAGAAUGGUUUAAUCAUCCAAGAAAUUUCUUAUGUUGAAGGAUUAAAGUUCAAUCUUUUAAGCACAACAAAACGAAGAAAGAAUAUGUAUGUUGUUACGUGGGAAACAGUAAAACCGAAUACUUGCCUAAUCACCAAAAGCAAGAAAGAUCUGAGUUGGGAAUGGCAUCAUAAACUCAAUCAUCUCAACUUCAAGGCCACAACAAGCUUGCAAGAAAGGAACUGGUUGAAGGAUUACCGAAUGUAA